CAGGUAUCAAUUUAUCGUACCUAACAUUAUUUUCUAUGGUGACAUCUAUGGGCUUGGCGUGAAGUAGGCCAUAUGUUACGGAGUGGUGUGCGUCUUUCCUAUACAUUGAUUAAACGGAGUGAAAACUAUUUGUGAAAAAUGUGAACAGCGUCUCAACAACGUGGUAAUAUUUCUAAUUCCUAAAGUUACGGUUUACUUGUAUUUCAUUGAAUGGAUAGAUCUUGUUGUGAAGUAAAAAUGGAAAUACAAUCGUCACUGACUGCGUACAAGUCUCUUCUGGAAUCCUAUGGAAUAUCGGGAAAUUUGUUGGGAGUUUUCAUCAGUCUUUUGGUUGUGGUUGUUACAGCAGUGUUAUGGAAAUUAUUCUUUGGUGGAAAAGCGCAAAGAACAGGUGUUUUACUAGCAGGAUUAUCUGAUUCUGGGAAAACCAUAUUGUUUACUCAGCUAAUAUCUGGUGUAGUGAAAGAAACUCAUACUUCACUCAAGGAAAAUGAAGCACAAUACAUUGUGGAGCCAAAUCAGGGCAAAACUCUAACGGUUGUUGAUUUGCCUGGGCAUGAGGCAAUACGUCUUCAAUAUUUGGAAAAAUACAAAGAUAAUGCCAGAGGUAUAGUUUUUGUUGUGGACAGUGGAAGUUUCCAAAAAAACGUAAAAGAUGUGGCAGAAUUCCUGUUUCAAAUUUUUACUGAUAAGCAGCUGAAUAAAAUUGCACCUUCAAUCUGCAUUGCAUGUAACAAGCAAGAUUUAUUCAACUCAAAAACGAAAACCGUCAUACUAAACCAACUUGAAAAGGAAUUAAACACAGUGAGAAAAACACAAUCAGCGGCACUUUCUAGCACCUCUGGUGGUGGGGAAGAUUCUGUGUUUCUUGGUCGUAAAGAGGAAGACUUUCAGUUUAGUCAUCUGUCCAAGUUUAAGAUUGAAUUUUUGGAAUGCAAUGCUAAACCAGGUUUGGAAGAGAGUGCAAAUGUAAACUUGGAGGAAUUGAAAAUGUGGAUUUCCUCACUUAUAUAAUAUUUGCUGUGUGUUGAUUUUUCUGUACAGAAGAUAGUCCGUUUGACUUGUGUAGGAAAGUUACCAUUUUUGUGUUUGUAAUAAUAUCCUGAUGAUUACUGACAAUGAAGAUUAGACAGAUGAUAUGGGAACUACUACUUUUCUAGAUGUCCGUCAUAUAUAAUGUUUUCAACAUUUGAACUGUGUCGAUCUAUUACUACAGUCUACAAUCUGAUGGAACUGUUGUGAUGAAACAACUUGAAACUUGUCCAUUUUAAAUGUUGGCAUUUUUGUUUGUGUUGGUUAUUGUUUAAAAUCAGCAAAGGUG